AUGGCGACCUCAACCAUGACAGAGGUCAUUUCCCUCGAACAGCAACAGCAAAAUCAACCGCCUACGGGAUCGGAACGAAUAAUUGAGUCUCUUAACAUCGAAUCUACCCAAGACAGAGAACCCAACUAUCCAACCGGCAGCAAAUUUUGGUUCACAAUCACCUCACUAUGCGUGGUCCUUAUUCUCGGAGGAUUAGACGCCAACAUCGUCGCCACAGCCGUGCCGAGCAUCACUAACCACUUCCACACUGUUGCCGACGUGGGAUGGUACUCGUCUGCAUUUCGACUGUGCACCUGCGCAUUCCAAUUUGGGUUCGCGAAGCUUUAUAAGCUCUUCUCAAUCAAGACGAUCUUCUUGAUAACCAAUGUGAUCUUCCUCGUCGGCUCUUUGCUUUGUGCUACGGCUGCUACGUCGACUAUGUUCAUUGUAGGGAGAGCAGUCGCAGGUCUAGGAUUCGCGGGUGAGAUGGCUGGGUGUUUUGCAGUUGUGGUGCACAUUAUGCCACUCAGCAGACGCCCAGUGUUUGCGGGUUUGAUGGCGUGUGUGGAAUCGCUUGCGAUCAUUGCGGCGCCUAUAGUAGGUGGUGCAUUGACACAGUCUUUGGGUUGGAGAUGGUGUUUCUGGAUCAACCUUCCAAUUGGCAUUCUAUCGCUAGUGACCAUGUUUUUCCUCUUCUCAGACCCAAGAACCCGUCAAGAGGACGACCUGACACUGAGUCAGAAAAUCAUAGAGCUGGACCUCGUUAGCAACUGCUUGUUCAUCCCAUCCCUAACGGCACUCUUUGUCGCGCUGUCUUGGGCGGGAACAAAGUAUCCCUGGUCAGAUGGGAAAGUGAUUGCAUUGUUCGUUGUAUUUGGUGUGCUACUCGCCGCUUUUGUAUUCAAUCAAUAUCGACGAGGAGAAUCGGCAGCACUCCCUUUCCGUAUCAUCAGAAGCCGAAGUGUCAUCGCCGGCUUCAUCUUCACGACGUGCACCAAUUCGAUGACGAAUGUCUUGGAGUGGUACUUGCCAACAUACUAUCAAGUUGUUCGAUCUAGGUCCCCAAGCGAGAGCGGGUAUCUAAUGAUCCCCAUCCUCGUUGGUAUGAUGCUCGGGCUCUUUCUCCAGGGCAUCGGCACCACCACGUUUGGCUAUUAUGCCCCCUUUAUGAUCUUCGGCUCCGUGUGCAUGCCAAUUGCCGCGGGCUUGAUGACAACAUACGAUCUCCACACAUCCCUAACCAAGAUAAUCCUCUAUUCCGGAUUCGUAGGCUUCAGUGGAGGCAUCGGCUUCCAAGCUCCCCAAGCGGCUGUUCAGACAACUUUGAGUGCAGCAGAUGUCAACCUUGGAAUCGGGGUCAUCUUGUUCGGGCAGAGUAUGGGCCCAGCGGUGUUUAUCGCUAUUGCGCAGGUGAUAUUCACGAAUCAGCUGUCAUCAAAUUUGGCAGACGUUGUACCAGGAUUGACACCUGCGUCUAUUGAAGAGCACGGACUUGGCGAUAUUAAGAAUGGGGUUCCUAUGCAGCGGUGGGACGAGGUCUUGGGUGGUAUUGAUCGGAGCUUGACCCAUACUUGGUACCUUACUAUCGCUUUGGCCUGCACGACAAUGGUGGGAAGUCUUUUGGUUGAAUGGCGCUCGGUUAAGCAGAAGAAGUCGUGA